AUGACGAAGAAUAACUUAGCGACUCAUCUCAAAUGGUUGAUAACCCAAGGGAAAUCUCUCUACCUUCCUCCGGCUCAAACCAGCUUGCCUGAACGCGACAAUCACGUAUCGCAGCAGGCGAUUUCCCCCACCGACGAAUUCGCGACCCUCGAUGAUAUCCUUGAAGUCGCGGAGGAUGAGACGGAUAUAUCGAUGGCUAGAUUGCUACCCCAAUCGGCGAGCAAGCCUCGAAUGCUGAGCCGAAACGACACGGUCCCCACCAGCACUCCGUCAACUAUAAAGAAACGAGCUUCGCCGAAAAAAUCAAGCAUAGCUCGAGAGUCCUUCCGAGAACCGCCGUUGUCAUCAUGCAAACCUGCCCAAAAGUCGACUCCAUUACGGCCGGGUAGUUUCCACGCAUCUGGAUGUGAUGAUAUUGAAUCGAUUGACUUGACAGGUGAGAUCGAUCGAGUUGAUCGAUCCAUACUAUCAUCCUCAGAGACUAUCCCGGGUGGUGAGACGCGGGUGUCAUGGACAGAAGAAUGCACACCAUGCGGAACUCGUGAGAAACGCGGCAAAAAGCGCAAAAGUGACGAGUACACAUCCGAUCUUCUUUCUCCAUCGAAAUAUGCGGCGAAAGUGCGAACUACUUCAAAAUCGGCUCGGCCUCCCACCGCUAGAGAUAUUGUAUCGGAACAGCCCGCAAUCCCACUCCAGACAACUCAAACAACUAAAACAAACCCACAAAGCACAGCGAAGCAACCUGGUUAUCAUUCACCUGUUGUCCCACGGAGCCACCGGAAACGAGUGAUUGCGGAUUCAGAUGAUGACGAUGAUCUCUUUGACGACUGGGCUGACGAUGAAGACCCCGCCGCUACGAUGAUUCUAGAUGCCGAGGAGAGCCUGUACCCAAUACUCCCCGCGAUGAGUCCAGCGGCGGACGAGACGAAGAUCGAGAUCAAGCAUUCGCGAUUAGAAUCUACGCCAAAAGCACCAUUCCCAACUGCGCAACCAUCGACCCAGUCAAAGAAAAAAGCAGAUGCUAAAGAUCCUAUGCCGUCAACACCCUGGCCGAAGCCGUCCAAUUCACAGGAAAAGAAUCCGGAUCUUCUUAAGUUUUUAGCCCUUGGAAAAAAUGCCUUCGGGCAUGCUAUUUCUAAAUUGAGGUCUACUCUGCAGAAGAAUUCCGAGAUAGUCUAUCAACAGGCCAUGGAGGGCCAACCGGUGCCAGAAUUGAUCGCUGAGAACAAGAAACUUGUCACUCAGAUCGAGGCGAUUGAAUUGUUGCGAAAACAUCAAAACGCCCACAAAAGCAGUGUUUCUCGUAAGCAAGAUUUGAAGCAAAACCUGAUACGUGUGAUUUCACAAGGUCUAGACCCAACAACUAUGCCAGAAGAGCUUGCGCAGAGUCGAGCAGUUGAGGCAGAGUUGGAGCAAACCGAAACAAAAAUAUGUCAACUUCUGUCUCAAGUCAACAUCCUCGAGUUGGCACACGAUUGUCCCUCCGACCCUCCUCCAACGGGACAUACUCAGCCCACCUUUGAGACUCACGCAGCCACACGGGGGGGCACUUUUUUCUCUUCUUCGCGGGCCGACUUAGACACAGAAUUCCUUGACCAACAGCGUCUACCUCCAACCAGUCCUAGAAAGACCAAGGAGACACAUCGGACGAAUAACAAUAAAAACUGUAUUUCUCGGAAUAUGGGCUCCCCACAGUUGGAUUCAAUGGAUCUUGAUGAGUUCGACUGGAAUGUCAGCGAUGAUGAGAUAUUAGAGGCGGCAGGGGACCUCGAUGGUGCUCAUCAGGUACCCGUUCGCGAGCAAGUCAGUCAAACCCGCGAAGUUUUCGCAGAGACUUCUGGCAACAUCCCCAAGGCCCCCGUCCCCAAGAAGUCGCCCGGUCAUAGUGCCUUCUGGUCAAACCAUCCAUGGUCUCAAGAAGUAAGAAGGGUGUUGAAAGAUCGAUUCCACCUCCGCGGAUUCCGGCCCAAUCAGCUUGAGGCAAUUGAUGCAACACUUGCUGGCAAAGAUACUUUUAUUCUUAUGCCUACUGGAGGAGGAAAGUCGCUAUGCUAUCAGUUACCUUCCGUGGUUACGGGCGGACGCACCACGGGCGUGACGAUCGUGAUAUCUCCAUUGCUAAGUUUGAUGGAGGAUCAGGUAUCACACCUCCGAAAACUAAAGAUCAAGGCAUUCAUGAUUAACGGCGACACCGACCAAGAGGAAAAAUCCUGGAUCAUGGGGCAGCUUUCAAAUGCAGGUGGCGCCGGGAUGGAGGUCCUGUACAUCACACCUGAGAUGCUCAGUAAAAGCCAAGCCUUGAUCAGAGCCCUUGAAAAACUUCAUCGAGGAAACAGACUAGCGCGCCUCGUCAUUGAUGAAGCCCACUGCGUCAGCCAAUGGGGACACGACUUCCGACCUGACUAUAAAGAGCUAGGAGAGGUUCGAGCCAGGUUCCCUGGUGUACCGGUUAUGGCCCUCACAGCCACCGCCACUGAGAAUGUCAAAGUUGAUGUGAUGCACAAUCUGAAAAUCACCGACUGUGAGGUGUUCUUGCAAAGUUUCAACCGCCCUAACCUCACCUACGAAGUACGGCCGAAGGGAAAGAGUGAUGAAGUUUUGGCCAGCAUGGUGGAAACCAUUACAACCUCAUACCGAAAUCAAUGCGGGAUUAUCUACUGCCUCUCGCGAAGGACGUGCGACAAAGUUGCAGAGGAUCUCCAGAAAAAGUACCGCCUCAAGGCACAGGCUUAUCAUGCGGGUAUGACAUCAAAUGCAAAGUCGCAAGCUCAAACCAACUGGCAGGCGGGCCGAGUGCAUAUCAUUGUUGCCACCAUUGCAUUCGGAAUGGGAAUUGACAAAGCUGAUGUGCGAUUCGUCAUGCACCACAGUAUCCCGAAAAGUCUCGAGGGGUAUUAUCAAGAAACCGGUCGUGCUGGUCGAGACGGCAAGCGUUCUGGCUGCUAUCUUUACUACGGCUACAAAGACACAGCAACUUUGAAGCGGAUGAUUGAUGCAGGAGAUGGCAAUGGUCAACAAAAAAGCCGUCAAAAACAGAUGUUGCGGAAUGUUGUUCAAUUUUGUGAGAACCGUAGCGAUUGCAGACGAGUGCAAGUCCUCGCCUAUUUUGCGGAAUACUUCCGCCGAGAGGACUGCAACAACACUUGUGAUAACUGCAAGUCCGGUUUGGUGUUUGAGCUCCAUGAUUUUACUGAGCAGGCAUCGUGGGCCAUCAAGAUUGUGCGACAAUUCCAGAACACACAGGAGAAGGUCACUGUGCUCUACUGCUGCGAUAUACUUCGUGGGGACUGUAAACGGCCUAAAACUCCAGAGCAUCGCAAGAUGCUGGGGUAUGGAAAGGGAUCCGACCUCGACCGUGGAGCAGCCGAACGACUGUUCUACCGACUUCUGGGUGAAGACGCAUUGGCCGAAGACAAUGUGAUCAAUAAAAGUGAUUUCGCUGUUCAGUAUCUCAUCCUCGGUCGUCGUGCAGCGGAGUAUGAGAGUGGACAACGGCAAAUGAAACUACAGGUUCGCGCCUCACCGAAUAGCAAGGCUAAAACCAAGAGCAAGCACGCGCCGAAGAAAAGGUCUAGCAAUUCAGGUGGCGAUCCUCAGUCCACCAUGGUAUCUUCUCCGGUGCAAGCUGCUCAAGACCGCCGCCUUGAUCGUUAUCAAUACACCGGCGCUCCAGCCGCACAUCUCUCGGCCGAUGAGGAUAGUGAUGGCUUUGAGCCGAUUCGGACCACCGGCAAGCCUCGCCGCGCAAAUACACGUGAGAUGGGCCCUCCAAUUACCAGUGAUCAGAAGUUAGAUCGACUUGAUCAUAUGCAUCGUGUAGUCGUGGAGGACUUCCAAGAGCAUGCCAAAAUCAUGCUUCAAGACCUUGUUGUCAAGAAGGGACUUCGGUGCCAACCGUUUUCUGACCAGGUGUUACGUGAUAUGGCCAUCUCCUUCCCCAAAGAUCUUACUGAGCUUUCUGCGAUCCCGGGCAUCGACCAAGAUAAGGUGCAGCGCUACGGCCGGCAGAUCCUGGCGCUUGUUGAGAAUGCAAAGCGGCGCUACCUGGAAAUGACGCAGGAAGCAGAGACCAGCGGCAUUGUUCCGGAUCCCAACCACCAUAACGUCAUCAAUCUCAGCAGCAGCGAUGAGUACAGUGACGACGACUUGUUCAUGGAUGAGGUCUCCGCCUUCAAUCUGGACAAUCCCAUCUCGACCGCACCCAGUAAUGCAGCCGAAAACAUCACAAGCCGCUACUUCCCUGCACCAGCAUCUCCGGGGUAUGACUCUGGUGACGGCUGGGAAUCCGGCACUGCGCCUUCUGGCUCGAAGACUCGCAAGCGCCAGCCUGCCAGUGGCAAACGACCAGCACGGCGGAAGCAUGGCUCUACUGGCAGCUGGAAGGGCAAAGGCGCGCGGUCAAAAGCAAAAGCUGGCGAUCGUUCUACAAGCCAGUCUGCGCCACGAAAGAACGCCAAGGCCAAAACCCCCAAGUCCACGAUUGGAAUGAUGCCUAUUUGA